AUGGCAUUAGAUGUAGGAUGGGAACUGCUUUGGAAGAGUAUGAACAUUAAUCAAGAAAAUGAUGUGCAAAACCUUAGGCGUAUAGGCUUGGAAAUUGUGCGUAAAUGUGAUGGGCUUCCCCUUGCAAUCAAAGUUACUGCUAGUGUUGUAGAAACUAAAGAGAGAACUCAUAAUGAGUGGAGAAAGAUUAUGGAGAGAAGUGCAUGGUCUAUGUGCAAUCUUCCAAUCGAGCUCAGAAGUGCUCUACAUUUGAGUUAUGAUGAUCUGCCACGGCAUUUGAAGCCAUGCUUCCUCUGUUUGAUCUUAUACCCAGAAGAUCAGUACAUGUACCGAGAUGAUCUUAUCAGGCUUUGGGUUGCUGAAGGCUUUGUUGAGGAGAAGAAGACCAACUUCUGGAGGAUAUAG